GUGGAGUACCGGGCUGGAGAUGAGCCGAGCAUGGAGUUCUCGUAGGCGCGCUAUCGUAAGCGGUCGAGGUUCCUUUGUCUGAACGGCCCCAACCAGUCAACCAGCGCCGGAUCUUGGAUCUUUUUUUUUGUGUGUGUGUGCGUUCGUCUCGGCCUUCCCUGCUUUGGAAUUGCAAGCCAUUGUGAAACCUGUGUGGUGCGCGCCCGUGCAAAAAAAAAAUAUCGAAUCAACCAGGUCGUCCCGUGCGUCGUCUGCUGUCAUAGUCGCCGCGGCAAAAGCGACACGGCUUAGUGUUCCCCCCCCCUUUCGGCGCUUCUAAAUCGAACACGCCGGCUUGAAAUGCUCAGUUAUCUGACGCAUAAACUUCGGACACCGGAACUGAAUGGCAGCAGUGCAUUUCACACGAAGUCAUCAGUUCAACAGCCAUGAAGCUGCUGCCUCUCGGUAACUUGAAAUUAGUCAUGACAGACAGCCUCAAGAAGACUGAUGACGAUCAUGAUUCAGGAACAGAGUCUGACGACGAGAGCGCUGAAAUUGAGGAACUGCAGAAAUACAUGGAGCACAGCAUCCAACUGGAGGACGGCAGCGGUCACUCGCCGGGCCGGCGGCGAGUCCUGUACCAGCAGACGAGGUUCGCAAACCGGCAGCAGCCGCCGCCACCACCGCCGCCACACCACCACCAUCACCACCACAACCACCACCACCACCAUCACCAACAGUCCCACCAGCCGCAGAGGCGGCGCCACCCGCAGCAGAUCAGCAUCAACGGCGGUGGCCCGGCGGUUGAGGCCCCGCCCACCAGGAAGCCCGUGCCGUCCCCUCCCGUGCCCUCGGCCGUGGUGACCCUCCUGUCUCCCGGCGGCCUGGUGGCGACGGAGGCCCGCGUGGCCGUGUCUCCGAGCCCCGUGGCGCUGGACUCGGCGCUGCCCAGCGACAGCGACCACACGCUGGACCAGCACAGCUCCGAGGAAGAGCUGGAGGUGAUCAACAACAGGGCCGGCUCGGCCGAGAAGCGCAAGUGGUCGCAGGCCAACCAGAGGAGGGUCCGCGAUGCCAGAGCCUCGCUACGCCGAAGUCGUUCGGACGGCGCCGGAGGCGACACCUCCUCCGAAGACGAGGACGACCUGGUCACAACGGGCGUCGACGACGUGCGGGCCGGCGGCGGCGGCGUCACGGGCGACGACGACGACGACGAAGAGGACGACGACGACGUGGAAGUGCGGGACCUUACGUGGAGUCGGGGCGGCGCCGCCGUCGUCCUCAACGGCGCCUGCGCGGCCGCGACGACCAACGGAAGCUUCGCCAACGGCGUCCACCGCGGUCGUGCCGGUGCGGUGACGGCGCCGAUGACGCCCGGCGGCGGCCACACGACGUCGUCGUCCCACCGGUGCAUCGUGGUUCCUCCGACGCCCGUCGAGUUCCGUGCGUCGCCCCCGCUGCACGUGCAUCGGCCCUACAACGGGUCGCCCCCGCCCAAAGUGUUUCACGCCGCCGCAGCGUCCGGCGGCCUGACGUCGUCGUUGGGGUCGUCGGUGUCUUCGGGGGGAACGUCCGCGCACAUUCCGGCCUUCGAGGUGUGCGCCGUGUCGCCGCGCAAGAGGCACCGGCAGGACCGCGGGGGUGGGACGGCCUUCGGUGUCUUCUCGCUCGUGGACGGCGGGCCCGUGCAGAGGCCCUGCCUAGACUUCGAGAAGAUGCAGCAGAUCAGGGUGAAGCUUUUGUGAACCGGGAUGCGCCCCCUCCGACUCGCUCAAGGUGCGGGCCGGCAGAGAAGCAGCAGCAGCCGCAAGGGAGUCUGGCGUAGGAGACCGACCGUGUCUGUGUGUGUGUGUGGUGCGACUUCACGUCAGAGUCACGUGACCAAGUUUGAUGAGAAGAACGACGCCCAGAAGAUCGGUGCGGAAUGAGUGACGGGAAGGCAAGGAAACCUCGGCACGUCGUCCCCUCCUGCGUUAUCCAGGGAAACGAGGAAAAGUGUCGGUGCGACUCUGAACAGCGGGGUCGGGACGCAAACAAAACACAAGACGCGCUACAAGCAAGCAACAACAACACCUACUACUACUACUACUAAUACUACUAAAGCUUAGGACAAUUUUUUACCAAGGACUUCAACAAAGUGCGAACUCGUGUUUGUGUUUGACUUUAUUGUUUCGCCAUCUUUUUUUUUUUGUCUUUUUUUCACGUUGUGUUUUACGUGCUUUUUACAUAAUGGUGAGAUUGUUGCGUCUUGCGCUGUUUUUGUGUCGCUAUUGCAUUUUUUUUUUCACUUUGAUCUCUUAAUUUUCCAUUCAUUAUAUGUUGCUAUCUUCUUAGUCUUUGUUUUUGUAUGCUGCCUUUUCGAGGGCGCGGAAGAAGAAGAAAAAAAAAGCCUUCUUGGAGUCGUGACGCUGUCACGUCGGAAACGAUGUUGUCGCUUUAUAGGAUGGCGCUGACGUCGACAGUGUUACAAGACGAGGACCGAAUUGUCUGAGGAGAGAUUUAUACCCUACAAAAGAGAGAGAGAGAGAGAGUUUGAAGUACCGAGAUUGAGCGGACGAGGCACACAAGUGUGUAGGGGUGUGGCUUGCUGUUUAUUUCUGUUUCUUGUUUGUUUGUUUGUUUUCACGGCAAGCGGUGGGGUGUCGACCGCUGUUGGCGGGGCUAAAGACAAAACUGCAAAACAAAACAAAAAAAAUCAAACAAAAACCGUGACAUAAGGUUCAUCUUAGUCAAUCCCCUCGCAUAACUAUUUCCCUUCAAACGCCACCACAUCUGGUGAAGAAGCAGAAGAAAAUACGGGGGGUGUGCAUUUUGGAAAGCGUGCCGACAGUGAAAGUUCAUCGGAGAGAGAGAGAGAGAGAUUAUGAUGAUGGUGGUGGUCAUGAUGAUGAGAGAGAACGAAGAAGAAUGAGUAGUCAUCGGACUGUUGAAGAUGAUGAUGUGUCAUUAGGACAAGCUAGGACAAUUCCCCCUUCUAGCCCCUCCUUUUUUUUUAUUUUUUUAGUAUACUUUAGUUCUGAGUAUGUUGGUAGCGGUUUUGACCUCUUAUACAUCAUCGUACCUUUGACCUUUUUUCUUCCUUUUUUUUUUUUUUUUUUUCUUGUCACAUUUUAUUUUGACUUCAUCUACGUCUUUCAAACUGCGUUGACGAGUGUUCGGUAGACAAGGAAAGGACUUUGCUGCGCGAAAGAGCCUACGCGAGGAGGGAACAAAAAAGAAAGAAAAGAGCCGUUGUAGGUGUGAUGAUGAUGAUUUUUUGAGUCGUACAAUAACCAAUAAAAUAAGCACAAAAAAAAAGAGAACGAAGAGAGGUAAGGCGCCUGUUCCGCCUUUUAAAAGAAGAGCGAGUCGCCUUAGAAUGUGUAGAUGCCUUCUGAAUUGUUUCGUAAAAGAAUUAUUUUCCUUGCUGCCGUGUAUGUGCGAUGACGACGACGACAAAGAAGCCUUUCAGCGAUAUUGAUGCUUGGCCUUUUUGACCUCCCCGACGCGGGCUCCUGAAAGUGGGGGGUGCUUUUUUUUUUUUUUUCUUCUGCUUUUAGAAAGAAAGCUGGCGAGCGAGUGAGAGAGAGAGAGACAGAAAGAAAGGGUAUGAUAAAGGAGGUGAUAGAGUGAACGUACGACGACUUCAGAUGGUACCUUCUUUUGCCUUCAAACCUCAGGAUGACCAACCCCUCUCGCCGUCGCAACGACCCGACAACAAAAAAAUAAUAAAAAAAUAAAAUAGCGUUUUUUUAAUUAUUAUUAUCUUGUUUUAGCAGAUAUUCGGGACUAUAGACCGCCUCGCUGUUCAGAAAGAAGCCCGCGUUCGGCCACGCCAGAUGUGGCCAGUGCGCAAGCGCAGAAACCAGUGUCACGUAAACCGUAUGCUCCAUCCGUCGUGCCCGACAGCAGCGCCACCGCAAUCGCGUGACGUCAGGCCUGGGUGGGUCUAUAAGGGAGAGAAGGUUAUCAACGGGCUUAUAGUGAAGAAAACGCGAGAUAAAGAAAUCUGGAACAGAAAAUGAUUUCCUACGGCGGUAAUAACUGACGCGAGGUUUGAGUCGUCUUUCUACAAAAAUAAUGAAGAAAAAAAAAACGGGUCUUUGUUGCCACAAGAAUGGGCCAAAAAAAAAAAUGUUUGAACAAGCUGCAGGGGCUGCGUGCCUAGGUUCCUAAGGUUUUCUCCUUAUAUUUUAAUGAGGAUUCCGGGGUGUUCCGGGCUAAAGCCAGCGAGAGCGAGAGAUAGCAAAGCGUUCCAGUAUUUCGGAGUUUGACGAGUGUGGUUUGACACGUUUGCUCGGGCAAGCGGCAGCAAGUUCCAAGCUGAAAAAAAUACAACAAACAACAACAAAAAAAAAACGGCGCCAGGUAGAGAAGAGACCCUUGUAUGUGUGUGUGUGUUUACGCGUGCGUGAGCGUAUGUAUGUGCGCAUGUGUGUGUCGGUUUUGCUUUGAAGAUCAUUCAAGUAAAACAAAAACAAACAAAAAAGCCGCUACCAAGCACAAGUCGUUUCUUAAAGGGAAUGAAAAAAAGCGAAUGAAAAAAAAAAUCGACAUGAGACUACCGAGUACGGACUUUAAUUUUUUUUUGUCUAUUAUAUAAAUACUAUAAAUAAAUCGCUAUAUAUACACACUCGGAAGGAACAGCAUGUAUUAUAAACUUCAGUAUAUGUGGGAAGAGCCCAUCCCCAUGUAUUGCAUCACCAACCACUUUAUUCCCGCCCCAUUCCCCAUUUCCUCCUCCCCCCACUCUUUCGUGAGGCAUUAAAUGUCUGGACAAUGAAAA